GUUUGUACCAGGUACUUUUCCAGCUUUUUGUUGCUCCUGUUCCAACUUUUUCCAUCAGAUUUACUAUCAGCUCAUAUUUUCAUCACAUGGUGAAACGUCUUCGUUUCGUCCUCUGAUGUGUUGGUGAUCUGCUGCUGGGAUUAAAAGAUGGAGGAUGGGAUUCUGGUUUAUUUAUGUUUUACACAUAGGCCUGACAUUUUGGACCUGAAAAAGUCAUUUUACAUGAUACAGUAAAUAUGAGUCUUCUGGUUUGUUAAAAAUAAAUCCCGAUCACCCUGAGAUGUCUGACCUGAUUUCUCUGACCUUUCCAGCCAAAAUUUACAUAUUAACUCAUCAUUUCAAAUCCCCGUUUACACUAGAAAGACAAAAAAAAAAGAAAAGUAUUAUUUUCUUUGCUUCUUUUCAGAUGAGAAUGCAGCUUUUCUUUCUGGAGGUAUGACCCAGCAGCCAAGCUUCUCUCCUCUUACAACCGCCCCACCGGGCUUUUUAUCUGUAUAUACUGGGGGGAGUUCCUUCAGCUGAUUGGUGGAUAAAUCUGACCUUCCUGUCCUUUCCUUCAAUCCUCACAGGAGGACUUUGUUAACGUCUGUGACACACACUCACUCGCCUGUUUACAGCCUCUCCCGUUGUACGUGUGACCGCUCACACCUGCCUUUUAUCACCAUUUAUCUGUGAUUUAACCUGAUCUUCAUCCAGCAGCAGGUAUGACGAUACGAACAGCUCGGCCUAACCGGGGGCAGCACUACCGGCCACGGAUGCACUGCCUCAAGAAGCUGGAGUCCUUCAUGGUGGAGAUGCAGGACCCAAAAGGUGGAGUUAAAGGCUCAGAGCAAAAACUUAAUGUCACCUCGAUCCCCCAUGUCAUUUCUGGAAGUGACAUAGUUGCAUGGAUCACCAACAAGAUGAAGACCACUCCAGAAGAGGCUCAGGCCUUUGGCACGAUGCUGGUAGCGUACGGCUACAUCUACCCCCUGCAGAACCACAAGAAGCUGGUGAUGUGUAACGACACCAGCCUUUACCGCUUUCAGACCCCGUAUUUCUGGCCAACACAGAAAUGGGCUGCAGAUGACUCUGAUUAUGCCAUUUACUUGGCAAAGAGGAACAUUCGCAAGAAAGGCAUGCUUGAACCCUAUGAACAGGCACAUUACAACCACCUCUAUGAUUGGCUAAACCACAAGUGGGAUUUUAUUACGAUGCAAGCAACUGAACAGUAUAAGGCUGGUCAGGACAGGAAGAAGUCAGACCGGGUGGUGUUUGACUGCCAGGAGAGGGCUUACUGGAUCGUGAACAGGCCUCCGCGUCGUACUCACAGUGCUCUGGACUGUGGACCAGAACGGCUUGGUGAUCCCAACACAGACGAGAAAGUUACCUUUGACAUGUACAGACGGAUGAACAUGUUCUAUCAACAAGCCAUCAUGAGGUCAAAGGUCAAGUCAAGCGUUUCCCUGGGAGCGUUGGUCAAGUAUAUCACAACCUACAAAAACCAUGACCCCUUCCUAGCUCCCUGUCUACCCAGCAACCCCUGGCAAACAGACCAUGAUGCCUACUGGACUCUCAACAUGAGAAGAGUCGACCCUCCCACUAAGAUGCGAGUGGAGCGCUGGUCCUUCAGCUUGUUUGAACUGCUGACAGACCUGCGAGGCCGAGACGACUUCAAGAUCUUCCUGAAGAAGGAGUUCAGUGGUGAGAAUUUGGCUUUCUGGGAAGCAGCCGAGGAACUGAAGUGGGGUACUGCUUCUUCCAUGUCAACAAAAGCUGAGACCAUCUUCAAGACCUUCUUGGCCCCUGGGGCCCCCCGCUGGAUCAACAUUGACGGCAGGACCAUGGGUCUGACCGUGAAGGGUCUGGAACAUCCUCAUCGCUACGUCCUGGAAGCAGCUCAGACUCACGUCUUCAUGCUCAUGAAAAAGGACACCUUCUUCCGCUACCUGAAGUCACCAACAUACAAGGACAUCCAGAAGAAGGCGCUAAACCCUGAGCCUCAUAACUUCAGCCCUGCCCAGCUGGAGCAAAACACCCAGAACCGGAGUCCAGGCAUAGAUCCCAUCAUCCUCUGGCAGCAGGAGGAGGAGGAGAAGGCGAAGGCUGCAGCUGCCUCCGCCCCCGUCGACGUGAAGGCCGUCAUGAGCAAGAUAGACAGAAAGAAGUAGACAGUGUGUUUGUAGAAGAUCUUGGUUUGUUCUAACAAACAUGUUUUAUUCCAGAAGGUGUAAAUAAAUGUUAAAUUUAAUGUUAAACAGUGAGGCAUCCGGUCCAAUAGAUUCACCCCAUCGUGUGGAAUUAAUCCAAAUCUGAGAAAAGGGAAUAAAUGACAGAAUUCUCAUCGUUUUAUAGCAUUAUUGUGAUUCCUUCACAGCAUUUCAGCCAAAACUCUGAUUUUCACACAUUUAACUCUCAGCUGAGCUUCUGGUUAUAUUUAUGUUUUCAUGCACAUUAUUAAGAUUAUAAUGUUGUAUCAGGAGAUUUUGAAGGAGUAUGUUUCUGUCACUGCUGGGCUAGUUUAGGUUGUAUUUAAUAGAUUUCAUUUCGCUGUAAGCUUUGUUAUACCAGUCAUAUUUAGCAUGUACAGCAUACGUGCAUUUAAAAUAAAAAGAGCUGCUUCAUCCACAGAAAACUGGUUUUUAUUUG